AUGGUGGCGUCUCUCCGAUGGAUGCUGAUCUUUUCCAUGUGGCACCGGUCCAACGCAUCAGAAUCGGAUACAUUGUCAAAGCUGCCUGAAUUUGGAGAGGUUUAUCAUGUCUCAGGGACCAUCAAGCUACCCUUUGCUGAGAUUGAAGAGCCCUUUGAAGCUUGGUACAACCCAACUGCACGGAAGAGCCGCAUUCAGUACUAUCACGGGCGUGUGAUCACCUACCAGAUGGAGACAGAGGUAUGGGGUGCCAACUGCAAAAUCACCCCAGAGACCACAGAAAUAGAGACUAAUGUCCGGAAAUGCUUCCAGAUAAAUGGGGCUGCAGAACACCCAGCUGUAGCUCAGAGUGCCUUCCCCAAGAUGGAUGGAUUUAAGGUGAUACGCCAGGAACACUACGAAGGGCUUCCCCGCAGCGUGUGGCAGAACGUGUCCUACUGGGGCACAAAGAAGAACGUCUACACUGUGACCACUUCGGGAGAGCACCAGGUCCCUGUGCACUCUCGGAUGAGGGGUUUCAGCAACCUUAUGGGUUCUCAUCACGGCAAAUGCAAUAUCGACUAUCAAAAUUUCUCCCGCAACUUCUCACCAAGAUUCUUGGAGCUGCCAAAGGGCAUGGGCUGCCAGUGGCCUCCGGGGCAGGAAGGUGAGCAUCACAUCCUGGCCAACCCCAUGCAUGAUUUUGUCUCAAGGAAAAUGGACAGGGGGUACCAGCUCUUUCGUCACUACAGGAGGAAGCACAAGAAGGAGCACAGCACAGAGGAGGAACCGGAGCAGAGGGCCCACACCUUCGUUCGCAAGAUGAGGUUUGUCUGCUCCAAGAAUCGAGCCAGCCUGGCGGAUCGCAGUCCAGAGGAAAUGUCUGCAAUGAGAGGCUCCCUGCCAGAUCAAGUCCAGUGCGGGGGGGGGGGGGGAUCAUUCUGCCUGAGAGCAUCAACUGGAGGCUGCAUGACUAAAUGGCUGGCACCUCUGUCUCAGCAAGCCUUGACUGAAUGCUCCUGGGGCUUUGGGAACGUGGGCGGUGAGGGGGGCAUCGCAUGGCGCGCCUUCGAAUGGGCCAAGGAGCACGGUGGCAGACCAACCGACGAGUCCCACGCACCCUACCGUGGCCAGAAUGGAUAUUGCCAUUACACGCAAUCAGAGUUCCUCGGAAACGUGCCAAGAUACAUCAAUGUCCCGUACGGAGACAUCGCUGCCUUGAAACAGGCCGCCUUCAAGCAUGGACCCGUGGCUGCGAGCAUCAAUGCCUCCUCAAGGUCAUUCACAUUCUAUGCCAAUGGUGUCUUCUAUGACCCAGAAUGUGGAAAUAGUACUCUCUUGAACCAGGGAGUGCUGGUUGUGGGCUAUAGUGUCCUGCAAGGUGAAACUUACUGGCUGAUCAAAAACUCCUGGUCCACCUACUGGGGCAACGAUGGCUACAUUCCCCUUUCAAUGAAGGACAAUAACUGUGGGGUCGCCAGUGCUGCCAUAUACCCUGUUUUAAAGUAA